AUGCCCCAACCUUCUACAAAUUGGAGUGCAGUAGUUGGUAAUAGGUUGAUAUUCGAACAUCAACAACUGCAUAAUGAGGCACAACAGGCAGAUGCAGAAAUUAUUAUUGAUCGCCUCAACAAUGAUCAACGAACAGCUUAUGAUGCAAUUACUUCCUCAGUCUUUGAAAAUAAAGGAACUAUUUUCUUUUUGAAUGGAGGUGUCGGAACAGGGAAAACAUUUUUGUACAAUGCGAUUGCAUUAAAGUGUCGCAGCCUUGGCCAUAUUGUUAUUGCUGUAGCUUCAUCUGGAAUUGCAUCAUUGUUAUUGCAUAGACAUUGUGUUGAGGCAGUUGAUCGUACACUUCAGGACACUUGUGAUAGUGUAAAGCCAUUUGGGGGUAUCACUGUUGUUCUUGGUGGAGAUUUUCGACAAAUCUUACCAGUUAUAACCAAAGGAGUCCAUACACAUGUUCUGUCUUUAAAUUUGAACAUGCGCUUGAAUCAUGUAAAUCUUGGAAAUGCUAAUUUUGCAAAAUUCUUGAUGGAGAUUGGGACCAAUCCUCAGGAAAUUGUUAAACUUCCAUCAACAAUACACAAAUGCCAAGAUCUAAAAGACAUAAUCUCAGUAGUUUAUCCGCAACUGGAUGUGGCAAUGACAUCAACUGCAACAUUUUUAACUGAACGUACAAUUCUUUCUGCACGGAAUGAUGAUGUCAGUGCUAUCAAUACUGCAGCAUUGAAUAUUUUUCUCGAUCCUCUUGGACUACCGACUUUUAAGGUAGAGUUGAAAGUGAGUUGUCCUAUAAUGUUGUUAAGAAAUGUUGCACCAAAAGAUGGACUGUGCAAUGGCACAAGAUUGAUGGUUUCUAGAUGCAAUACUCGCAUAAUUGAAGCUCAAAUUUUAACUGGAGAAAAAUGUGGCAAUUUGGUAUUCAUACCAAGGAUAUCCUUGACACCGUCUUCUUCAAAAAUGCCUUUCCAAAUGACAAGACGUCAAUUUCCAGUUCGAUUGGCAUAUGCCCUGACCAUUAAUAAAUCUCAAGGGCAAUCUGUGAAAUUUGUUGGAGUUGAUUUGCGCACAGCAGUGUUUAGUCAUGGGCAAUUGUACGUGACCCUAUCUAGAUGCACAUCCUUUGAUCGUAUAAGUGUCCUCCUUCCCAAUGAUGAGCCAGAUUCUACUACAAACAUUGUUUGUCCUGAAAUUUUGUUAUAG